AUGGAGCUACAUACUCUUCAGGUGGUCACUGCAUUGACUGAUGUCAUCAUUGGGCAUGGCACACAGUUAUCACACCCUCUUGGCCUAGACGAAGAUGCAGUAGUUGAGCCAUCUGGCCUUGAUGUAGCAGUGGGUCUUAAUACACCAUCUGAUAUUCCUCCCAUAGUUGUUGUAGCUACAGCUUCAAUGCCUGAGGUAUCCAAAAUAGACAAUAUGAAUGGUCUGAGGAAGGAACUCAAAUCACUCUCCCAAAAUGGAGGAACUGCACCUACUGACACACAAAACAAGAAAGAUGAUGGAAUCUCCAAUUUGCAGAGGCUCAACAAGGUUCUUAGAAAGGAAAAGCAGGAACACAAAGCUACAAUUGUGAAGACUCUGAGACAUGUGAAGGAUCUUGGGAGAAGGCUGAACCAAGAAAUCCAAAAGAAAGAAGAUGAAUUCAGAGCAGAAGACACCAUUUUACAGUUAAAACAACACUUACAUAUUACAUCUCAAGAAUUGGAAGCAGCUACAAGAUCCCUGUCAUUUGGAAACUGUAAUGAUUUGUUACAGUUCAAAGAAAAUGUGGAAGAUUUCAAUGAAAUUGAAGAGGAGAUUGAAAAACAGAUGCUAGAGAAAGAAGAUGAGAAGAGGUAUAGAAAAGGAUUUUCAGAAAAAGAAGAUGAGUUCAUAACAAUUGUCUCUGUGGAAGAUAAUAUUUCACAGUUGAAAGAGAAAAUGGUGGCUAUGGAAGCUGAAAAGGAUGAUGAGCUAAGUUAUGACAGUGCUCAACUCAAGAAGAAGGUUGUUGAUUUGAGUAGAAGUUUAAAAGAGUUGCAGGGAAGACAUGAAAAUAUGGAGGAAGAAAACAAAGUGAUGAAGGCUCAAUUAUCUGAACUACAAGGUGUUUUGGAAGCAGAAAAAUGGGGAUUUGAUACAGUAACUGCUCUUUAUAACAAAAGUAUUGUUAGUCAGAUGAUGGAGAUGAGUGAGGUAUGA